GUUCUAGCGUCGUCGAGCACGUAGUCCAUUCGCUCCUUUGAUCCUUUUUGUAUCAGUGGUUUACUUAUUCACCCAAAUCUACGCAAGUCAACGAUUUUGUCCUAUUGAAUUUUACCAAUGCGUGAGUUCAUUAAUUAAAUACUUCAAGUAUUAGGGGCGAGGUGAUAUCUGAGCGGUGGAGGGGACUACUUGUGAUAUCUAGUGAGUACGAGGUUAUUUUCGCGCCAGUUUAUUGUCCACUGCUAAAUCUUUUUCAAUGGGCAACUACGUUUGGAUCCUCGUCCUGCUGUCCUUCACUGCCUACGCGGGGGGAAAUGUAGUUGAAGAGGCCCUGGAAUAUGUGAGGACGUUCGCAGAAGAAAUUCGCAGCGGGAUCAAGCAAAUCACGGACGCUGGAAAUGACUCGAAGACCACCAUCAUCAACCACCACGACAACUACAAAAGCCAGCUUCAAGAAUACACCCACAAUUACGUCCUACAAGCCAAAAUCAAGGCGGGGUCGGCCAAAUGCGAGAACCGGGUCGCUGUUUUUAAUGACUUGGACGAGGUCGUUUUGAUGAUUGGAGAUCGAUGGGACAGAUGUGUCCAGCUCACGACUAAAAUCGAAAACUUGGUUUACUACUUGAGAAAUACUUCUAAUGUAUUUCGCGAGAUGGAGACGACGGUGUGCGACGCGAUACAAGACGUAUCCCGUUGUCAUGGCAACUUCCUCCAAAAGUGGGCUUGCGUAUCCAGUGAAUUGAGAAAAAACUCCGGCAGGUUUGAAGACGAAGGAAAAAAGUUCCUACUGAUCCUGGGCGGCGUAAAUUCGUACAUGGAAGGAAUAGUCCAGCUCUUCGUUAGCUGCUUCAUGAACGUAAAACUUGAUGUCAAAACAUUGGCGGACCAAGUUUUGUUAUCGCGUUGUAACAUAGGUUUAUGAAAUAAUUUAGCAGUAUUUAAAACAUAUAAAACUAGUGUCUGUAUAACAUUCAGUCAGGUGGUUGAAGAAUGGAAUAUAUUCACACUCAUACAGCAGUAGGACUUACAGCAAAAUAUGUGUAAAAAAUAAAUUAUUUUCUCAAAAUA